ACUAUGAACACAGAUAUAACAGACUGAAACCAUGUACUGUAUACAAUAGGAUAGCUUUAAAUCCUACCGCGAUCAAAUUACUGCACCUAUAGGCCUACUCAAAGCAUGUGAUUAGUGUUGAUGCCCGUGAAAAAUACGUGGAUUACAAGAUGAAUAUGCAAAUCACAUCGAGCACAUAUAUCCGCAAACUAAAUUUUUCAAUACUUCGUAAACUGUCCGACUUUUUAGACCCCGACGACAGAUGGAAAGAGGUCAUCGUGUUGAUAAUGAAGCCCAGCGGGGAGCCGAGAUACACGCAGAUCGAAGUCAGGAGGUUUGCGUCCCUUGCAAAGCAGGGGGAGAGCCCCACAAUUGAUUUCUUGACAAAUUGGGGGACCACCAACGCCACGGUGGGCGAGCUGGUGGAUAUUUUGAAGAGCAAUAAGUUACUCGCAGCUGCUGCGUUGCUCCUUCCAGAGCCUGCAUCAGAAGUGCUGCCACAAGCUGAGAAUGACAGAAACACACCAACCAUUGAAUUUGAGCCCCAGAGCUGGCCUUUGCCUGUGUGUCCUAAUCCUCAGCCCGAGAAGCCUGCAGAGACAGCUGAACCAGACAGCACAGGUUACUUGAGCUUCUUGUACCACGAACUCAUGGACAUCACGGGCAACUUUGACGACCGGCCAACGUCGGAGGGCGGGAAUCGGCUGGGGGAAGGGGGGUUUGGAACGGUGUACAAGGGUUUUGUCAACAACUUACCCGUAGCCGUGAAGAAGCUCAGUCCAGAAGAAGACAUCUUAGCGGACGAGUUACGACUUCAAUUCCGCCAGGAGAUAGAAACUCUGAAGACUUUGAAACACCCAAACUUGGUGGACAUGGUCGGCUUUUCCUGUGAUGGACAGUACCCGUGUCUGGUGUACGUCUUGAUGGACAACGGUUCGGUUCUUGAUCGGCUGGCUUGUAUGGAGGAAAGCCCUCCUCUGUCGUGGAGCACGAGAUGUUUGAUAGCUACAGGAAGUGCCAGAGGUUUGGAUUACCUCCACAACAACCACCAUGUCCACAGGGAUAUUAAAAGUGGGAAUAUCCUGCUGGACGACCAAUUUGUGGCAAAGAUCUCUGACUUCGGGCUGACCAGAGCGUCUCCCACGCGAUCGUCAGUCACCAUGCAAACAGAGAGGAUUGUGGGUACACGUGCGUACAUGGCACCCGAGGCUCUGCGUGGCGAGAUCACGCCGAAAUCCGACGUAUUCAGCUUUGGAGUGGUGCUGUUAGAAAUAAUAUCUGGACUCCCGCCAGUCGACGAAAACCGUGAAAUGCCAUGUCUGAUGGAGCUGAGGUAUGAAAUCGAAGACGAGGAUGAGGAUCUGACCUUGGAGGGCUUCGUGGACAAGAAGAUGAGGGACGCAGGCAUGGCCCAGGUGGAGAGGACCUACACCCUGGCCUGCCAAUGUCUCGAAGACAGGAAGGUUAAACGACCAACCAUCAAACAGGUCCUGGCAGAGCUGGAGGAUGUCAGCAGAGGUUUUUCUGCUGCAGCAUCAGGCACUGGGAGCUGAGCCAUGACCUGCCCGUCAAAGCUAAACCCCUCCAAUCCUGACCUGGAUGCAAAUCUAUCUGCCCCUGAAACUGACUUUAUUGUGCAGUGUUUUGACCAGGGAUGCACCGAUCAGGAUUAUUCAGGCUGAUAACGAUUUUUUGAUGUGCCAUCAGCCAACAUGGGUGAUGCCAGAUAUUUUUGCGCUUUUUCUACGUUUUGCCUGUCAGAGGCUUCAGUCACAAGCCGUGGGGUCCAGCUACAGCAGAUGUCUCCAGUGAGAUGCAGGCAAGCUAUGGCAUGAUGGCCAUUUAUAUGGUUAAGUGUCCUAGCUUGAUUGAGAGAUAGGGCCAUAUAAAGAGGACUUAUGUUAAAUGCAGGACAAACGUUGUCCGUGACUGGACAUAAUUACCGAGCAUCUUAUCCUCAAUCCAUCUUGUGCACAGUCUUUUGAGUUCUGUGAUCAGUAAAUUAAUACUUGAUCACGUGCAAUAUUGAUCAUUGGCCGAUCGAUCACUAAUUUGACGCUUAUGUUCACAUUAGAUCCUAGCCCUAAUAGUUUUCAUAGUUGUUUGGAAUGUUAUUCCUCUCAUGCACUUUGACACCAUUGAAUAAUAAUAUUCAAUAUCAUUUCUGUUAGAGAAGUUUGGUGAUUACGUUUGAAUGUCAAAUUUGAAAGUGUGUUGGAUGGUGGGAAAUACAUGAAAGUGAAUUGUGAUUCAUAUAUUGUUAGUAAAUAAGUACGGUAUUUUGUAUAGUACUUCAGCAUUGCUUUUGAACAGUCUUAUAUGUUGCCUUCAUUUAAAAAUGUGUACCACUCUAUUUGUUUUUACUAAAUGUUUUAUUAAAUUUACACAAUACAUUGAACUGUCAUACAUUGGAGUGGUUCAAGAUAUAAAAGGAAUUUUAUCAAAUCAAGUUACAAAUAAGAUGUAACGAUUGAAAAAAGGGAAAUAAAAAUCAAUUAUUGCAAUACAGUUUAAGCUUUAACUGAACACUUAAAAUGCAAUACAUUCUAUGUGCCCACAAUGGAAAUAAAAAGA